AGGACUGGGGCUCGCAUGUGGGUGCGUCCCGCAGUGCGAGUCCCAGCCCCGUCGGCAGCAGAAGUGUGCACAGGACGGGAGGAGGGGACGGCGCUGUACUUCUGGGCGGCGGAGAUAAGGCCGGGCUCGGUGCUGUGUCUUCCGGGCUCUGGAGAGCUGAGGUCGCCGGUUGUGAUGCUGCGUCUACCGGGACUGCUCCUCCGCCGGGGGCCGGCGCUGGGGCCUGCUUUCCGCAGCCUGUGUGUGGGGACUGCUCGCCUGCAUUGUGUACGAGAGGUCGGGGCUGUGCGGCCUGUCCCCUGUCUCCUGCCCGCGACUACAGUCAUGAGUACCCGGACAUACUCGUCUCAGGGCACUGAUGACCCGGCUGGCAGGUCCAUGGAUGAGGGGCAAAAGCCGAGCAAGACGCAGCAGCUGAAGCGAGUCUUCAAAGAGUAUGGAGGGGUGGCUGUGGCUUUUCAUGUUGGGAUUUCACUGGUAUCACUAGGAAUAUUCUAUGCGCUUGUCUCCAGUGGCCUGGACGUCCCGUCGCUGCUUCUCAAAGUCGGUUUUAGCGAAGCUGUGGUCCAGUCUAAGUUGGCAGCCGGCACCAGCACCUUCGUGUUGGCGUACGCCGUUCAUAAACUGUUCGCACCAGUGCGGAUCAGCAUCACAGUGGUGUCGGUCCCCUUCCUCGUCAGGUACUUCAGGAGGAUCGGCUUCUUCAAGCCUCCGUCAUAAGUUACAGGGGAUCCACAUCCUAUCCGGCAUCUCUCAGGAGUCUGCACAGUAAUGACCUUUUAUUACGGACGAGUAAUGUUUAAUAUAAUCAUCAAGAAACACUGGAACAAUAACACUUCAGUUAUUAACAGGUUAACACUGAAUAUAAAGUGCUGAUCUUAGGAUCUAUCAUUUCUUUCUCCACUUACGGCCAAAGCUACAUGAAAAAUUCUGUACCAAACACUGCAUCUCCCACAAUGCAGAGCAGGAAGAUUGCAGCAUUUAUCAGCCUGCUGGUUCAGUGUCUGCCCAUAGGACGCUAUGCUGCAUUGUGGACGAUGUAGGGCAGUGUUUCCCAACUAGGGUGCCUCCAGCUGUUGCAAAACUACAACUCUCAGCAUGCCCGGACAGCCUUCGGCUGUCCGGGCAUGCUGGGAGUUGUAGUUUUGCAACAGCUGGAGGCACCCUAGUUGGGAAACACUGAUGUAGGGUGUGCACUAAUUAAUAUACAUUUGUCUAAUUGUAGAAAUUACAGCUUUAUGACUGCAGUUCUGUAUGUGACUGAAGUAAAAAAAGAUGUGAUAAGUGUCUAGGAUCCUAACUGGGCUACAAGGGGUUAGUGCUGCUGUACGCUCCCUUCAUUUUGGACACUGAUGCACUCUUAGCAGUGGAAAAUCAAUGGCAGUCUCAUCGAUCAGACCCCCCAGAGUAAACAUUGAUGGGAAUGUUAGUGGUCAGAAUCCCCACAGACAUGUUACUGUUGAGUUAAGUCAAUAUUCAGUUCCGGUUUAUAACAAUACAAGGUGAGGCUAGUCAUGUCAGACUUACUGUGCUCCUUCUAAAAGCCUCUGUGCUAUAUGGUCAGAAAAGCUGGAGGGGUCAGAGGGUGCAUCAUGACUAAUAUGGUAGUAUACUAGGACUACAUAGAAAUUCAGAUGUCUCCAGAAUUCUAUUGUGGGACGUUUGGCUGCACCAGAAGCUUGCCUGUGCCUUCCCUUUAAAGUAAAAUGUUAAUAAAAUUCUAAUUUUGAAUAA